ACACUGUCACAUUCACACCCACAUUCAAGAAAUUAAGAAAAUAAACAUUUUAAGAUAUAAAAAUGAGUGGUGCUCACAGAGAGGCGAUUCAGAAGCAAAUUCAUCAGGAUUGGGCGAAUAGGGAAUACAUUGAAGUCAUAACAGCCAGCAUUAAACGUAUUACGGACUUUUUAAACUCAUUUGAUAUGUCCUGUCGGUCUCGAUUGGCAGUACUCAACGAAAAACUAACGAUCCUAGAGCGGCGCAUAGACUAUUUGGAAGCCUGUGUAGCUCAAGGGGAAACAUUAACGUAAAUUCAACCCAAGCUAUGUUCUAACAUUUAUAUUAAGCUUUGUACAUUUAUAAGACAAUUAAAAAUAAUGAUAAACCCCUA